AUGGAUCCCGGCGACGACCACGCCGCCACCCUGCCCAACACCCUGGAGGUUUUGCUGGAAGGGGAAGAGUUCCACGCCCGCCCCAUCAGGCUCCUGAAGCAGCGCCUGGAGCUGGCCCUGAAGCGCCAGCUGGUGCUGAGCGGGUCGAAACGAGUGCUGAUGGCCCUGGUCGACUUGUUCCGCCAGCUGGUGGUGCUCCCGUCGUCGCUGACCGACCUGAGGCGCCACCUGGCCUCGCUGGUCGAUCUGGGCCGCCGCCUGUCCCACAGCUCGCUGCUGAAGCUGAGCGACGCUGGAGGCGAGUUCCAGUGUCGUCCCAUGCGUCUACUGAGCCGCCACUCUAAGAUAUACCCGUCAACUCCCAGUACUCAGCCGCUGACCCCCACCGCAGCCAAUUUCACAACCACCCAAAAUGUGCUUACUCCCGCCGUUGAAGGGUCCGAAAAACGACGCCUGGUGGCCCUGGCAAUGCUGGCAGCCCUGGUAUCGCUGAGCCACCUGGCCCAGCUGGUUAAACGCCACCUGAUCGAGAUCCGCAACUUACCGUUUACCAAGCCGGAACCACCAAAGCUGACGGCCGACGCUAACCUGGAUAUGAUUUUCGCCAUGUGUCUCGUCGACUUCCACCACCAGCGCGGGCCGGAAGUGCAAUGGUGGCGGCUGAACUACCACCCGGAGUACCACCCGCUGCUAUUCCGCAACUUGCCGUUCCAAGCCUUACCCGAUGGCUCCCAUUUAUUCGAAGAAACGUUCUCCAACUUCAAUUUGGUGUACGAUUUCAAGACGGGAGAACUGCUUGACGAUAUGAAGGAGCUUAACCUGUUUCAAGGGGACCCUCGUCACUUGAAGACGUUGUUUGGAUGCUCGUGUGUGUGCCAAGUAAAGACGCUGGACUUGCUGGAAGAAGGGAGAAAGGAUAAAGAUAUCACCCGGUCGAUGGUACAGAAGGCAGUGGUGGUGAUUGUCCGCAAACAGCCAGUAUUCGCCAAGAUUAAGGAGAAACUCUCCAUCAUCACCAAGCUGUACUUUAUGCAAGAAACCUUCGACAAUAAGCAAGUGCUUGAGGACUUGUUUGAUAACCUCAACGGCUCGUUCAAGAUGGACGAUACCACCACGAAUGACGUUGUUAACGACGUAUUACUUCACGAACAACAACGGGUGCUUAAAGAUGAGGAGGAAUUCUUUGUCAAUUUGGACUUACGGGCGACGAUCAUGAAGUUCAAGCAACAGUUUAUGGUGAUAUACAAGGCGCUCUUAUUGGAGAAGAAAAUCGUCAUUUACUCCAACACUAAUAUCGAGCUACUCACAUUGUUCCAAAACAACUUAAUCUCGCUUAUCCCCAACUUGAUCAACAACUUGGACGACCUGGGGUGUCCCUUAAUUGACUACGUGGAGACCAACGGCCCCCUUUCCAAACCUACCAGUCUUAAUACCACUAAUCGCCGACUGAUGCUUAGGUUCUUUGGCCUCCCCCUCCAGCUCUUCAACACUAAAAACGCCUACUGGAACCCGUACUUGCCGUUACAACAGCUUGACCAGCUUGCCAUUGACUCGUUUAUGAUCGGUUGUUCCAACUUAUUAUUCGUCAAUCAAGCGAAACUGUUUGGCGUCGACAUCAUCAUCAACUUGGACACGUCGGAAGUGACGUUCCCUCAGGGCAAAGGCGACGAAUACAACUUGAGCUCUAACGAUAAAAAGUUUAUCAAUCUGAUCAUCCAUCAAAUUGGCGAACACGGCGAGGACGUGUUUAAAGGGAACGACGACUAUAUCCGCUACGGAUUUGAAGAUUACCUCAUGUCGCUUAUCCUGACCACUCGCUACAGCCAGUACCGAGACAAAUUCAACCAGCCUCCCCCCGGAUUUGAGGACUCCCACGCCACUUCGGGCGACUUACUGGCAUUCAACCAGGCGUGGGUCGACCAGUGGCGGGCAACAAACAACUACAAAAUCUGGAACGCCAUGGCCGACGAGUUCAUCUUCAAUUUCGCCGAGCCGAGACAUGUUGGCGUCGAUAUUGACGACGGGCUGAACCCAUUAAAGAAUAUUAGCAAUUUCUUCAGUGGGUGGAAACAACCGGCGGUACCGACGGCGGCGCCCCACCAACUGCUGGAGGCGCUGAAGUUUAUUACCGACGAACCAGUGGUGGUGGAAAGCUCCAAUCUGACCACUACCGAAACCGCUACCGACACCACGGAGACGGCGUCCGCUACUGCCCCCGCCGCCGCCGGUGAAGACGACUGGGCGAUGUCGAAGCUCAUUCUGAGCUGGGGGGCGUGGGGGAAAAAGAAGGCGUGA